GAGGCCCGAAUCUGUCACGAGUUCUCAAUCCCUCCGCAGGCGGUACUGGAGUUAGGAUUAGUGGAGUUGGAGCUCAACAACGCUCCGGAGGCUAUCAAAUGGUUAAACAAAGCGACUAAUGAUUACCACAAUUAUCCGAAUGAAAACUUUGUUCAUUUGAGAGCUUACGCCGCUCUCCGACAGAUCGGUGUCUCAACCGAUAAGCAAAGCGCCGAUCAAUCACUUCAUAAUGAUUAUAAGAAUGAAUGGCUUAAAGAGAUUCGCAAAGAAGGAGAAGAAGUGGAAAGUGUUAUCAUUAAGGAAUCAGAACUCAGUAACUAUUAUUUGUCUUACAAACAAUCAUUUUGCGAGUCACUUGUUUUGGUCAAUGAAUUCAUGGCUGUGUUAACCAAAACGGAUCAAAUGGAAAGGGAGGGCCCACUCGCCCAAUUCAAGCCUCUAUACGAUAGUUAUUUAGUAGCCAUUCGGAAAUUGCUAAUUGCCCUUGGUACUAAACACAAGAGUGACGUCGAUCGGGCCGUCAAAGCGGUGGACAAACUGUUAAAAUUGUGCCAAAAACAGCGUAAAACUGGUUUAAUGCUAACAAUAAUGAGUUAUUUUAGUUCAUCCAAUUAUUACCGAUACGCCGAUGUGGAGGCACACUCGGAGCUGCUGUACGCCUAUGGACUGUGCAUCAGUGCCUUUGUAGUUUGCCGGCAACUAUACCGGCGCAAACACACCUGGGUCAACCAUGACUCGCGGCAACUCUACGAGUCUGGUUAUAGGCUGGCCAGCGGUCUGUCGCACCUCUUUAUCAGUCAUAUACCGCCAAAGUUGUUGCGUAUAAUCAAUCUAAUAGGUGUGGCCGGAGUGGAAAGUGUGGGUUUUGAUCAACUGAACAAGGCCGCUUUUAUGACCAACAAUGUAAACAGUCAGGUCGCUAAAAUGAUCCUCAUUUUCUACUGGUCAUACUUAGAGCCCGUAAUGGAUAUAAAGCCUAAACACGUAGACAUUUGCGGCCAAGUGCUCGAUAAUAGUAUUGAUAUCAAUGCCAAAUUGGCUCAAAUCAGUGGCCGUAUCGACGAGUCGAUAGAUAUCUAUCAAAAAUUGCUAGAAGAAUACGAGUUUGAUUUAAUGUCAAAAUGUUUUCAGUUUGAAUUAAUCAUAUCAAAUGCAUUGAGAAAUCAAUUCACUGAAUGCAUUAAAUACGCCCAACGGGUGCGCAAAGGGACCGUCCAUUCGCCCGCAUUUACCACAUAUAUAGAGGCCGUCUGUCGGUAUGUAAAGGCUGUGAAUGAAGACAACGCACAGGAAAUGGAUAUUGCUGUCAAACUGCUCGGAAUUGUGCCGUCAGUUCGCGUCCGAUAUUUUGGCAAAACAUUGACUGUAGAGAAGAUGGCAGUCGUGUCCGCACAGAAGUUCACUAUAAAUGCCGAUCAGAGCGCUGUAUUACCCGAUAUGGAUAUUUUAUAUCAAUUAAAUUAUUUGUCGUUUAUCGCCGGUAAUUCUCUGCUAUUGAAUAAGUAUAUGAAGAGAAUUGUGGCUGAAUUAGAGAAAUAUGCGCCCGAUUUAAAAACAAGUGACUAUUUGGACAACUAUUUAACGGUACUGGAGUCGUCCACAGACUUCUCGGACAAUAUAGCGAAGCAAAAAAUUGUCAGACAAUUGUUUUUGAAGAGUAAAGAGGGUCGUAUUUGUCGCGAGCACUCAAUCCCUCCGCAGGCGGUACUGGAGUUAGGAUUAGUGGAGUUGGAGCUCAACAACGCUCCGGAGGCUAACAAAUGGCUAAAUAAAGCGAUUAAUGAUUACCGCAAUUACAUGAAUGAAAACUAUGUGCAGAUAAGAGCGUACGCCGGGCUCCGGAAGAUCGGCGUCUCUACCGAUAAACACAACGCCGACGAGUCUACGAGCGUAAAGUAUAGGAAUCAAUGGUUGAGUGAUAUUCGUUGCGAGGAUGAAGACGUGGAGAAAUUGAUUGAGCUUAAUGAAUCUGUACAA